AAAAAAAAUACAAAAAAAAAAAAAACAUAAAAUUUAGAAACCGGUAUUUUAGGGAUAUUUUUGAAAUGAGGAUUACUUGGCAAACUUUUCCAAAAUUACUAAUUGUGUUGCCAUUGCUGCAUUUUUAUCUUGCCCACUGCGUUAAGGCAGAAUCAGAAGUCCUCAAGCGUCGCAAAGAAUCGGAGCAACCUAAUGCGCAGAAUGUGAACAUCGCCUGGCUGAUGAAGCAGGGGAAGUUGGGGAAGACAUAAAGGACACCCUAUACGGAAGCUUGUUCCCGAGGAAGUAAAUGCACACAAAUUACCCCAAGCCAGAAACUUAUCGACAAGCGUGGCUCGACUGGCUGAAACGGAAGCAGAAAGUCAAGGUGCAAAACCAAAAAUCAUUACACCUGUUCACGAACACAGCUCGCCGGGAAAGAUGUGAGUGUAGAAAGCGUAGAAAUCGAAUGGACAGCGGAGAAGUAAUGUGAGGCACGCCAAGUUGAAAAUUGAACGCUCGUAGUUCAUCCGCAAGGGUUGAAGAAGUUCCUCUCGGGGUUGGGGUUUUAUUGUUUUGUAUUUUUGGAUAUAGUUUUUUUUCGGGGAUAACUGGUCACGGUUCAUGCUCACCGCUUUCUGUUGCGUGUGGCAGGCGACACAAAUGCGAAGCAAACUAAAUUUAACUGUCUUGAUAUCAGAAAUUAAUAAACUUAAUGAGCGGCCAGCGACGGAUAGACAUCUGCAACAGGUUCCAAACUUGUUGCAGCUGCAUUUGAUCGCCUUCGAAAAGGAUUUGCACG